AUGUCUAUUCAAGAUCGCGCACAGCAUCAAAUCUCGCAGCUCGAUAAGGAGCUAUCGAAAUACAGCAUUCUCAAUGACUUUGAGAAGCAGACCUCCGUUCCGAAAGUCUACGUAGUUCUCGGACUUGGAGCCCUCUAUUUUUUCCUCAUAUUCUUCAACAUCGCUGGCGAAUUCCUCGUCAACACCGCUGGGUUCGCACUUCCUGCCUACUACUCUUUAGAUGCUUUGUUCAGCACCGGAAAGGCAGAUGAUACACAAUGGUUGACUUACUGGGUAGUCUACGCAUUCUUGACUGUGUUCGAGAGCGCUGUGAACGCUGUGUACUGGUUCCCGUUUUACUAUACGUUCAAGUUCGUUGCCAUCCUCUGGAUGUCGCUUCCACAGACCGCUGGUGCCCAGAUUGUCUUCCGAUCAGCUCUACAGCCCCUAUUCGCCCGUUUCUUCACCGGCGGAUCCACUUCUGCCAACCUUCGUACUCAAGCCGAGUCUGCCGCCAAGACCCAGUAA